AUGUUCCCGUCGUGCUGCUCCAGCAAGAGGAGCGCCACAUCCAAGCUCCUCCUGGGGGUCUUCAUGGUCUACACGGCCCACACCGCGUGGCUGCUCUACGGAUUCCUCAACACCAAGCCGUGCGAUGAGGGCCUACGGGAGGGCUGCAUCACUUCCUACCUGUCGGCCAGACCCAGACUGCAGCUGAGUGUGUUCACCUGCCUUGUUCCAGAGAACAGUCAGCUCAACCUGGCUCUCAGAAUUGAUCCUUUCGACCCUCGCUCGACAUUUCAGAGGCAAGUGAACGUUCCCCUACCAGAAGAGACUCGAGCCAACGGCAGUUUAUAUGCGGUGGUGUACGUCCACAAGGCCAGUGUUUCCCCGCUGGAGGACAGGCGAGAGGUGCACCACGCAGCUCUGCUUACCACCCACAUCAGCCCCGCAAACGCUGAAGGGCGCAGAGACACUCAGAAGCGCUCCAAAUUAAAGCAUCCUGUAUCCCACUGGAGACCCCGGCUGUCAGUCACGAUGAUGUCAGAGGACUUCACCUUCGCCAAGGGAGGACUCCCCAGCGACAUGCGCCGCUACGUUAGAAUCUCCCAGGAAGGAAGACGGAUCGUCUACCUUCCUCUGCUGCUCAUCGACGAGCUCAGCUUCAGAGUCAGAGAUCUCAUGGAGAUCAACACAAGCACCACCCGCCUGCCCCUCACUGUGUCCUACGAGGGCCUUUCUCUGAGGAGAUUCCGAUUUUGGGUUCAUCUCCAGGAUGUGGUUUACUCCCUGCGGCAGUUCGGCUUCUCGGAGGAGUACAUUGAUGAGAUUAAAGGGACUCUGGCGGCCUCGAAUCUGUACCUGUUACUGCUGAACGCCCUCAUCACGGCCCUGCAACUCAUAUGUGAACUCCUGGCUCUCAAAAAUGACAUCAGCUCGUGGAGGAAAAAGAAGAGCAUGGCAGGAAUGUCCAGGAAAUCCGUUUUGUGGCGAAGUCUGGGCACGCUGCUGAUUUUCCUGCAUCUGCUGGAGGAGACCAGCCUGCUCGUGUUACUUCCUGUCGGGCUGGCAGCAUGUGUGGAGGUGUGGAAGGUGUUUAAAGUAUUUCGGAUCAAGGUGAACUGGGGACGACCCACCGUGCAGGUAAACAAGCUGGACGAAGAAGAACAGAGGACAGUGCAGUUUGACAAGCAGGCGUCCACGUACUUGUCCUACUUGAUCUAUCCCCUGUGCAUCAGUGGAGCUAUUUUCUCACUGGCUUACUUACGGCAAAAAAGUUACUUUUCCUGGAUGGUCAACAGCCUGGUGACUGGAGUGUACGCAUUUGGCUUUCUGUCUAUGGCUCCUCAGCUAUUUAUUAACCACAAGCUGAGAUCUGUGAGCCACCUGCAGGGGGCAGUGUUGAUGUACAGAGGAGUCAACACGCUGAUUUCAGACGUUUGCUCCUGUGCCGCCAUCUUCUCCUCCUCUGAGGCUUUCUUGUCCUCUCACCAACUCUCCUGUUUCAGAGAUGAGCUCUUCUUCCUCAUCUGCCUCUACCAAAGAAGGCGUUCGGCCCCGAAGGCCAGAAGAUCCGAAAGCGGAUCUCACAGCAAGAAAGUCAAAAAGACUCAGUGAGCAGGCGGGAAAGCAAACACCGACCACAAGUCAGACGGUGGACUCGCCAGUGCUCCUUUCCUACAUUCAACUUUCUACUUUCACUCGUUCUGUGAGAGAAGAGCCACACCAUCAUAAAUACAGCCAUCAUGUGCAUUUGUCGUGUCAUACAGCGUGAGUGGAGCCAUUUAACAUUCAUCCUCGCUAUGCCGCAGCUCCAUGAGGGUGCGGAACCUAAUUCAUAAUUGACACAUGCGCCUGUUGCUCACAAAGUUCACUUGAUGCGUAUUUCCGCUGCAAAUGUAAAUAGGCUGAAUGCAAACUGCUGACUAUGAAGAGAAAUGUAAUGCUCCAAACUGUUUCUAAUUGACCGUAUGAUU